UCCUCCAGCCUUGUUUGAGAGAGAAGCAGCAAGUGAGCCAGAGAAGCUGUUUGAAAUUGUGAGCAUUUUGUUGCUGAGAUGGCCAGAUUGAGUAUGUGGAGGAACACCGUGGCGCUGCCCCUGUCUUGCAUGGAGGAGCCGGUCGCCUCGGGCGUUCGCAGGAGCAGCAGCAUGCCGGUGAUCCGGCAGGCUUACCCGGAGAGCAGCAGCAUCGUCCGGCCGUUCAGUGAGAUUCCUGGACACUGGAAAAAUGGGGUGGUCAACCUGUACAACUUCUGGAAACUGGAUGGCUUUAGAAACCUUCACCGUAUCAUGCUGCAGAACUUCAACACAUUUGGACCCAUUUACAGGGAGAAAAUAGGUUAUUAUGAAAGUGUAAAUAUCAUCAAACCAGAGGAUGCUGCAAUUCUCUUUAAAGCAGAGGGCCAUUAUCCUAAAAGGCUGAAAGUUGAAGCUUGGACGUCAUACAGAGACUACAGGAACCGCAAAUAUGGGGUUCUCCUAAAGAACGGUGAAGAUUGGAGAAAUAACCGUGUGAUUCUUAACAAGGAGGUGAUUUCCCUGAAGAUGCUGGAAAACUUUGUGCCACUGCUGGACGACGUGGGCCAGGAUUUUGUGGCCAGAGUUCACAAAAAAAUUAAACGAAGUGGCCAGAACAAAUGGACCACAGACUUGUCUCAAGAACUUUUUAAAUACGCUCUAGAGUCGGUGAGCUCAGUGCUGUACGGGGAGCGGCUGGGUCUGAUGCUGGAUUACAUUGACCCUGAAGCUCAGCGCUUUAUAGACUGCAUCACACUCAUGUUCAAGACCACUUCCCCCAUGCUGUACAUUCCUCCUGCUCUGCUGAGGCAGGUCGGAGCCAAGGUGUGGCGGGACCACGUAGAGGCGUGGGAUGGAAUAUUUAACCAAGCUGACCGUUGCAUCCAGAACAUCUACAGGCAGCUGCGUCAGGAAACAGAAAAAUCCAAGGAAUACCCAGGAGUGUUGGCCAGUUUGCUUCUGUUGGACAAGCUGUCCAUUGAAGACAUUAAGGCCAGUGUGACUGAACUAAUGGCUGGAGGAGUGGACACUACUUCCAUAACACUCCUGUGGACACUGUAUGAAAUAGCCAGACACCCAAACCUCCAGGAGGAGCUGAGGGCAGAAGUUGCUGCAGCUCGGACUGCAAGCCAGGGGGACAUGCUGGACAUGCUGAAGAGGAUUCCUUUGGUCAAAGGCGCGCUUAAAGAAACACUCAGGUUGCAUCCAGUUGCAGUAAGCCUGCAAAGAUACAUAGCUGAAGACAUCAUUAUUCAAAACUAUCACAUCCCAGCUGGGACUUUGGUCCAGUUAGGGCUUUACGCGAUGGGCAGGGACCCCAAGGUGUUCUUCCGUCCGGAGCAGUACCUUCCGUCUCGCUGGCUGAGGACUGAGACGCAGUACUUCAGAAGCCUGGGCUUCGGUUUUGGUCCCCGUCAGUGUCUGGGACGCAGGAUAGCUGAGACAGAGAUGCAGAUCUUUCUUAUCCAUAUGCUUGAAAACUUCCGAAUUGAGAAGCAGCGUAAUGUGGAAGUACAGAGUACGUUUGAGCUCAUUCUCUUGCCAGAUAAGCCUAUAAUAUUAACUCUGAAACCUCUGCAAGUCAGUCAGUAAAGCAUUUAGGAAAUUUCUACUGCAUGUGAAGCUAUUCUCUUUUCAAUAGCCCCUUUUAUGGGCUUCCAAAAGUAUUGUGGUCUUAAACAUCUUAAAUUCCUUGUGAAAAAAGCUAAAAAUGUUACCUCAGAGGCUCAGUAGUCAUAUUUGCUGUAUAUAGCUUAUUAAAUACUUUGAUUUAACAGUGGAUUGUUGAUCUGCGUAAGCAAAAACUGGAUUCCGUCUCAUUCCUGUAAUAUACUUAUGUAUAUUUGUUCAAACCGAUAAGGGAUAAAUAGCAAAACUGAUACACUGUUUAAUUUUUGCUAUGAAACACUUUAGCCUUUCCAGGUAUUUACUGAUAAUGGAAUAAAUUACUAGUCAUAUGAGAUUUAUUUGCAUGCUUAGAUGGUUACAUUCUUUCACUUUGAAUAAUGUGCUAGUUUCUCAUACAGUUGGGCCUCAUUUCUUUCCCAGCUUUAUAAUUCUGCACUGCUUAAACCUCAGUAAAUGUAUUUAUAUAGAAAGGAAGACAAUGAACGUAACAACAGAAAUAUCUGAAUACAACUGUAAUUUAAGGGCAUCUUAUUCAAAGCCUUAAAGACCAAAGAUAAAAAAACUAAGCCUCUGUGCUGCUUUCUUCAUCCUCCAAACUGCAUAUUAUGGCAUCAUAUCUGUAUACAGUAUUAUCAAAACGUUUCAAUGAAAAGCUUAUUUUUACAUAAAGAAGCUUUUGCUAAUUUGUCAUCAUAAUGGGAUUUUCUGCCCAUCCUGACUUUUUACCUUCUCUGGUUCAUAUUCCCUAUAACUUUCCCAGAAUGACUGUUACUGGUGAUGCUAAAUGUUGUUCCUGCUUUAAUUCACUUACAAUAGGAGACAAAUGUAACGUAAAGAGUGUGGAAUCACUCAAUCUGCUGCUCAAAGACAGAAGAGUUUCCUGUUCGCCUUUGUAUUUGUUUUUAUUGAUUACAUUUAAGCCAAAAACAUAAAGUUUCUCCACAAAUAUUUUCUUCAUAUUUUAAUCACUCUUUGCAUUUAGAGGUAUUGAAAUAUCAGCUCUCUAAACGAUCAAAAGUUACAUCAACUCGACUUAAAAUCGUCUGGAUUCACUUGGAGGUGGGACUUCAAUGCAGUCUGUUGGUUUUAAUGUCAGUAAAGAGACCUUUGGGAGCAUCCUUUCAGUGAAGGCCACAAUCUGGCCCUCAGGAGAUAAGAGUUGUUUUGUCCAAUGAGUUUAUCAGGGCCCAUGGCCUAAAAGAGCUGCCUUAUCGCAAAACAGCACCGUCUGCUUGAGAGCAGCCAGACAUUCACAAGGAUUUCCAGUCAGCAUGAUGCUUUCAACUGUUAACUUUGCACUAGUUUGUAACGUUUUGGUUCACCAGAGACAAGAGUCAUGAUAAAAGCUGGUUUUUCUUUUUUGCCAAAGGCA